UUCUCACAGAGGUCGAUUGAGUCCCAGACCUCUAGUGGAGAUUUCGUUUUUCGAUACACAUUUCGUGAUAUUUUUUUCUUAUCUUAUCCUUCUGUCUCAAAAAUCCGGAAGACAGCAGAAGUGAGGAGAGGAUCAGAUUUUUUUCUCUCUCUCUGAGGAGCCAAAUUUACGCGUCUGUGAAGGAAAAGGGACCUGCGGCAAGAUGAUGAGGCGCUGGCGAUGGAGUUCGCUCGCUGCUCUCGCAUUCGUUGUGGCCCAUCUCGUCGCCCGGCCUGCGGCAGCCUCCAACGACCUGGGGAUGUUAGAGGAGGCCCGGGAAGCCCUGAACCACGCGGACGAGGCGCUUACAUCUCUUGAAGAUCUCGUGUUCUCCAUUAUCUCAACGACAACGGUCACAAGUACUACCUCAACAACACCCGAAAACACAUCUUCGACUGUCGGAGGGAGUACGUUGUCGACGUCUGUUCCUGCAUCGUCGACGUCGCCGGCUACAACUACUAAUGAAACCACUCCUGUAUACCCCACAGGGAAUACCAUACCAUCAACAGAAUCGACGGGAACUUCAAGCACAGAAAAACCCGUAACUACGGAUAGUACAGAACCUCCAAUAACACCAGAACCUACAUCAGAACCUACAACAACAUCAAAGGUAACAGCAGAGCCAACAACAACGCCAAAAGUAACAACGCCAGAGCCAACCACAACACCAGAAGUGACAACAACGCCAGAACCAACAACACCAAAGCCUACAACAACGCCAGAGCCAACAACAACACCAAAGCCUACAACAACGCCAGAGCCAACAACAACACCAGAAGUGACAACAACGCCAGAGCAAACAACAACAUCAAAGCCUACAACAACGCCAGAGCCAACAACACCAGAAAUGACAACAACGCCAGAGCCAACAGCAACACCAGAAGUAACAACAACAACAGAAGUGAUAACAACGCCAGAGCCAACAACAACACUAAAGCCAUCAUCAGCGCCUGAAACAACAACACCAGAGCCAUCCAACCCGGCCACACGCCUUACAUCGUUCCCUGUGAUCGAACGGCCUCGCCAUCGCCCUCCUCUCUUCUUCCUAGACUUGUACAAAAAUAAAGAGAAUACUGAAGCCACUACAGCUCCCUCUGAACCGUCAGACUCGUCCUCGGAGAAAUCCACGACCAUUUCAACCCCCGAAGUAUCACCGACGUCUUCAGAACCACCGACGUCUUCAGAACCACCUACGGCUACGACCAAGCAGAGUACGACCUCGGGGCAAUCCACGAGCGAGUCAACGACGACCGAGGUGACGACUACUGAAGUGCCUGAUCUGAGACCCUGGUACGAAAAAGUUGACAGCACUGUGGACAACAUCAGGAACCUGUCGUUGGAGAUCCAGGAAGGCUAUUUAGACGACUACCAGGCCGAGAGAUUGGACAAUGAGGCCGCGUUUCUGGAGGCGCUGGUGGCGGAGGGCGAGCAGAACACGAGUCUCGUCCUCGAACUUUCUCCGGAGACGAUACAGCUGGUUCAGAACACGUCCGAAACGGUUCGAGAGGCAACCGAUGACGUUGCGGCCGAGAUCGAUGAGAUCUUGGGAAACUUAACGACAGUAAUUAUCGUCUCAGUACUGGUGUCACUGCUGUUCGUGGUCAUCUUAAUUGCAUUGGUGAUCAUCUUCAUCCGACCCUGGAGUGGAGGCUGUGGCAAGCCUAAGAAGGACCUGAGGCACUCUGCUCGCGACGUGGCAUUGGACGAUGAGUUCCCCAACGCAACCUUUGUACAGCAUAAUGUGGAAGCGUACAGAACCUACGGUGAUGUAGUCGAGAUGAAGCCCGUUUAGCCAUUUUCUACGGCUUAGUGCUUUUUUGUGAUGGAAGGACUUGCUGUAUGAUUGAAACUGUCUGCCAGAGCAUUUGAGAUACUUCUGAGGAAUGAUAAUUAUUGAAAUAAAUAUUGAUCAUGGAUGGAAGUGCUGGCUACCUGUGCAUGAAGUGGUACGGCAUAUAUUCGAGAUAUCACGUCGCUUGUAUGAAAAUCAUAUAUAAACUGAGUAAAGUGAUCUUAGUCAUUAAAGUGGCCACAUUAGUAACUAGUUGUAUCUAAUGAUACAGUUUAGGCUUAGGGUACUUUUAAAAAAUCAAUCUUACACUGUUUUUCAGUUUCUAAUAAGUACAGUCACACCUACUAUGCACAAGAUAUUACACUGUGUAUGUCUUAAUUAAUAACUUUUCUAACUUAUGGAGAACUUUUAAUUUGUUCUAAACCUACCUGUCCUACUUCCUGGUUAUAAUUGUCUCUUUAGUUCACAUCAUGUAUUGAUUUUGUUAAUAUUGUAAUGCAUUGAUUGCUAAUUUAUUUGUGUAUACUGAAAAUAAAACAUAAUCUUUUAAA